AUGUGGUGGUUACUCGCUGUGCCCGCAGGGGCAGUCGCUCUAUUCGGAUGUGGUAAAGUAUGCCAUUCGGAGUGCAGUGCUGCUGUCAUCACAAGUCGAGAAGAUCAGAACGAUCAGGACGAUCAGGAAGAUCAGGACGUUCAAGCAAAUCGCGCUCACGUCAUUCUCGAAGUCAUAGAAGUCACAAAAGCCGUAGAGGGAGAAGAGGAAGGUCGAGUCGAUCUCGAAGACAUAAAUCGCGUA